AUGGAUUCGAGCAAUGAGAUUAUAGAUUGUGAUGGCGAGAAGCAAAGGAUUCCCAUGUAUAGAGGCGUGAGACGCAGGAGCUGGGGGAGAUGGGUGUCUGAGAUAAGAGAACCCGGGAAGAAGAAGAGGAUAUGGUUGGGCUCAUAUGCUACGCCUCAAAUGGCGGCUCGAGCUUACGAUGUGGCGGCUGUGAGUUUGAAGGGCAAAUCUGCGCUGCCCAAUUUCCCUCAUUUGAUUAACUCGCUUCCUCGCCCGGCUUCUCUUCAUCCUCGUGACAUUCAAAUGGCUGCUGCGGAGGCCGCAUUCUCCUUCGCACGCUCUUCCAAUUCAACCACCUCUCUUGAAAAUGUUGGCCAUUCUGUAAACUCUGCAACUCAUUCUGCUUUAGCAAAUGUAAUCGAUGUUAGCGAUGAAAAUAGCAAGGAGUCCCAUGAUGUGAGUUCAAGUGACAUGGAUGAAGUUGAGAAGCAGACAAGUUGUACGAAAGAUGAUGAAAAUGGUGAAGUGGGCACCAGCCUAAAGAGGAUAAGAACCGAGCUUAAGUACUCUGAUGAAGAGCUGCAUCAAUUUGAUUCGCCAAAUUUACUUAUCAACAUGGCUGAAGCUCUUCUACUCACUCCUCCUCGCUUAGAUGAAGUCUCUGGUUAUGGCAACUCUUACGUUGAUGCUGAUUAUGACACCGAGGUGGAGGGCUUGGAAUUUCUGUGGAGUGGCUUUUGA